GUUCCCCAUGGCGUUUGCAGCUCCCAAACCCCGCGACGGCUCCAGGCUGCGCCUCAGCUCCUGGACCCCCCUCAACCACCGGCUCAUCAAUGACCAGGUAUUUGAAGAAAGAAGAGCCCUGCUUGGGAAAUGGUUUGACAAGUGGACAGAUGGCCAGAGGAGAAGGAUCCUGGUGGACCUGCUGGAACGCUGCUCCCUGUCCCAGCAGAAAUUCUGUGCCAAGCAGCUCCAGGCCCGAGUCCCCACCGAGGCUGUGGAUUUUACCACGAGGCUCCCUCGAGUCCUGUCCCUGUACAUCUUCUCCUUCCUGGAUCCACGGAGCCUCUGUCGAUGUGCACAGGUGAGCUGGCACUGGAAGUACCUGUCAGAGCUGGACCAGCUGUGGAUGCUGAAGUGCCUGCGUUUCGGGUGGCUCCUCAACUUCUGCCCCACGCCCUUCGAGCAGGGGGUCUGGAAAAAACACUACAUCCAGAUGGUGAGGGAGCUGCACCUCACCCGGCCCAAGACUCCUUCCAAGGACGAGUUCAUCGUUAUCGACGUGCAGCCAGUGAAGAGCAACGUCCCAGAGAGGAAACCUUCUGUGAGCAGGGGCAGGAAGGAGCUCCCUCCGUGGCGCUCCUCCGACAGGAACCCCACGGACACCAUCCGCUACAACUACCUGGACAACCAGCACCCCAUCGAGCAGGCCAGGCACGCGAGGAGGAAGGGAGGAGGGAACACCCCGGACCUGAGCAAGGAGGCGGCCGAGAGGAAGAAGAGAGCAGGAGGAGGAGGAGGAGGAUCAGCUCAGCUCCGGAAGGUGAAAUCCCUGGCAACAUUGGGAAACCUGCUUGAAACGAAAGCCUUGGAAAAGCUUUUAUUUAAUCAAGUCUAA